GCUAAAUCAACUAGCUCGUCACUUUUGACAUAUACUCGUAUACAUAUAUAUUAUGCUAUAUGGUAUUAUAGCGUAUAUUUUAGAUAAUAAAAAAACGGAUAUUACAAAUAUUUCGGCAAACUUGCAAGACACUGUAGAGGGUAUAAAAAUACAAAAAAAAAAUCAACACUCCAGCCUAUUGAGUCAUUCAAAAAUAUCUGAUAAUUCUAAAAAUGUCAUAAGCAGAAAAAAUUUUUUUGAAAUAAUUAAUAAUUGUAAAAAGAUAAAAUAAAAUCACAAAAUAUAUAAUAAAUAAUAAAAAUAAUUACAAAACUUUUAAAAAUGACGGAAACAACUGCGCCGAGUGAUAUCAAAUCUUCCCAAAUAAACCGCUCAAUAAUACCAUCAGCUGGCAAUGACGACAAUGUGCCAUUCUCACUACGUGAACUUGAAUUGCUGUAUGAAGAAAUAUGCAAGGACCGCAAGAAGAAAGAAGACUGGCGCGAUGAUAGUCGGCAUCCGAGCUAUACGAAAUUUACAGUGCCUUACCACUUCAAAUGUCGCGAUCGCUAUCAUAGGAGUAAAAGGGAGUAUGAGGAGCAGUUUCAACGUGAAAUCGCUCAAUUAAUGAAUAAUUUGAACACGGCAUACGAAGCUGCACGUUUCAAUCGACAUUUGUGCAUUACUACCUUGUGGCCACCACUGCACAAUCGUGCUGAAUUUAUCCACACACAGCGAUACUAUUUCCGUCUACGAUCCGGACAACGGCGACGUUUAAAUCAGAUUAUUGCUACCAAUUUUCAAUAACCGACAUACGAUGAUGUGUUUUAUGAUAAUGUGCUUUAAAGGGACACACAACAACAAUUUCAUAAAUGUUUUUAUAGAAAACACUUAAAAGGUUUAUAAACCUAUACUUACCUCACUAUCUGGUCAUCUAAUGCAUGAAUAUUAUUUAUUUUAUAUAUAUGUUCUAUGAAAUAA